AUGAAGAUACUAGGAACCUGGUUGGGUCUGCCAGCUGGACAGCACUUGCCGGCUCUGGGACUCAGGCUCUUUUCAAACAAAUGGAGAAACAUGAUGAAUUUCAGAAAAUUCAGGCUGUUUGUUUGCCUUUUAGGCCUCAGCUGUGCUAGCUUGGUUUUUUACAUCAUUUUGAUUGAAUACUGUUUGUUCUGUGAAGGCAACCGAGAGACUUUUAGGAGAAUUGGAGGAAACUUCUUGCAGCUCCCGGAUGUAGACUGUCAUAAUAACCCACCUUUCCUCGUCCUGCUUGUGACAUCCUCAUGUCACCACAUUGAUGCCAGGAUGGCCAUCCGGCAAACCUGGGGGAAAGAGAGAACUAUUGCCAGCAAGCGCCUGGUGACAUAUUUUCUCCUGGGAAGCGCUGUGAAUCUCAGCCAGCAGGCUGAUAUUGCUGCUGAAAGCCAAAAGUACAAAGACAUUAUUCAGAAGAACUUUACUGACACGUAUUACAAUUUGACUUUGAAGACCAUGAUGGGAAUUGAAUGGAUUCACAAAUUUUGUUACCAGUCCAGCUUUGUGAUGAAAACUGACACAGAUGUGUUUGUCAACAUUUUUUACCUCACUGAGCUUCUUCUAAGGAAAAAGAGGACCACUAGAUUCUUCACAGGCUUUUUAAAACUACAGGAGUCCCCCAUACGGGUAAAAGAUAGUAAAUGGUACGUGAGUAAAAGAGAAUAUCCGGGAGAGACCUACCCCCCUUUUUGUUCUGGAACUGGCUACAUUUUAUCCACUGACGUUGCUAGUCAGAUCUAUAAUGUUUCCGAGAGAGUUUUCUUCAUUAAACUGGAGGAUGUAUUCAUAGGGCUGUGCCUUACCAAAUUAAAUAUACAGCCAGAGGAGCUUCAUUCAGAGCAGACAUUUUUCCCAGAAAAGAUUAUGUUCUCUGUUUCUCGUUUCAAGAAAAUUGUGACGUGCCAUGAAGUAGAACCAUCUGAGCAGCUGAGCUACUGGAAUUACUUAGUGACAGAGAAUGGUAGCAGGGCUCUAGCACCUUCCCUGUCUGAAUUAAGAAGCUGA